AUGUCUCGUCUCGCCGGUCGUGUCACUUUUCCUGGCGCCUCGGAUUCUCAGGAGCAGGACCAACCGACGUCUUCUUCCACCUCCAAUCGUCCCCAGAAUCCACGUGGCCCGCCUAAAAAUCGAUAUGCAGACGAAGAAAGAUCAAAGCCACGUGGCAAAGGCAACGUUCGGUAUCAAGGAACGUAUAGUGAUAAAUUCGAGACGUCGGAGAGGGAUUCUGAAGGCCGGACGUCACAAAAUAUGGAAAAUCGACUUCAGAAGCAGUCCGACAGAGAUUCAGAAUUCAGAAGACCUCAGAAGUACGAAAAUCGACGCCAGGAGACGUCGGAGCGAGAUUCUGACUUCAGAAGGCCUCAGAAGACGUCGGACAGAGAUUCAGAAUCCCGGCGUCAACAAACCCACCACCGUAAACCGACGCAACGUGUAGAAGACGUGAUGCCUUCUGAAGAACUUCUGGAAAUUGAAGAUUUCAUUGAGCAGAUUAGCGAUUUGAACAUUCGAAAUGAUCGAUCCGCAGCCCAGAUCAAACGAAACAUCCUCGCAUCACAGGAUCUUAUCGAUACGAUGUCUUCGGAUGAUUGGGAAAAAGUGUGCAGAUCGAUGUUGACGACUGCGUUGGAUCAAGGGGAACCCGAGUUUAUUGCUGAUUUGAUCGUCGCGCUUUUCAACAACCGAAUGUUCUCCGCAGUGAUGUCCGACGAACUAAUGGCUCAAUCGUCCGACCACAUAAUUGAGAACGACGAGAAACCGAUUCCCGCGCUGCUCUCAGCGAUUCUCUGUGCUCAUUGGCCGCGUCAAUACGCGAAAGCAUUCGACAACAUCAAUCCGAUACUGUAUACAGUCGUUUGUAUAGUCAAAGGAUGGAUUGAAGUGGUGAAUGAGGAUACGGGAGUCUUCUAUAAAGAAGAGAAGAAGAGACCAGAGUAUAAGAGUAUGAAUCGAGAUGAAUCAAAAGACGUCGCGGCUCCAGAACCCGAAGAACCCAAAGAAAUCAUUCCGGAGACGCCGGAAAUGGUGAAUUGUUGCGCCGUGGCACUAUCGGAUCUCUGCGAUACGGCUCAACGUCAGUUAUGGGUUAAUUGGAUGGCAGUGACAGAUGAGAUAUAUCAAUGUAUCAAACCAUCGAUAACACAUAAUCAGAAUCUGACUGGAGACGUCAAGGCGAGACUACUCGACACGUUUAUCCAGAUGAAUCAAUGGACGAAGAAUCGACAAGCUGGGAUAAAGCACGCUGGAGUGCAGACAGUGCCGACGGCCUAG